GGCAAUUAGUUGGGUCGAUAAAAUGUUCGUGGUAAAAGUUUAGUUCACGUCACGAUCAAAUUUGGAAAAAAUGGUGUCUUGUAGGGGAAUUUGUGAAACAGUUCUGUCAGCCCUUUUGAGGUAUGAUACAGCAAAGAUAGUGCAUAUCAAAAGCAAAAAGGUUGGACUGAUCAAUCGACUAAUACAGUUGGCAAUCAUUGUUUACAUUAUAGGGUGAGUAUUGCCAUGGUUAAGUUUCGAAAUUAAUAGCAAACAUACACAAGGUAACGCAACAAGCUACCUUUCUUGACCUUCGACUGGAAGUAAGCGACGGACCAUUAGAAAACUUAUGGCUGGCGGGCGAAGUACAAAAAAAUAUUCGCGCAAGGGAAAAUUAAAUGAAAAAAUUCAUGCACGGCAAUUAACCCUACAAAAAUAUUCAUGCUACGACCUAAAAAAAAAUCACGCAAGGAAAUUGAUAACGAAAAAAAAUUCCUACGGCUCGAAAAUUCCCCACCCUCCCCAUAACUUUUCUAAUGGUCCUUCCCUAACGUGUAAGUCAGUCCAGUCCUUGCAAAAGCAGAUAAAAGACUGCAUAGAACUGCUGACGUUUUAAGGUACUCGAUGAGCUGCAGCUGUAGGAUCAGUAGUUGUACGUAUUCAAUCAGCUGCUUCAAUAUGCAAAUCCGACAGGAAUUUCAGUGGAACACCUUUGAAGAAAGAUGAAAAAAGAAGUAGCCUAGCCAUGUUCUAUAAAAUUUACAGUGACCAAACUGGGAUAGACACUGGGAAAUAUCUGAAGUUAGGUGUCAUUUGCAUAUUUGCUAUUUUGAUCCCAAAAAGUUUGCCAAUCAAACACUCAAACAAUCGAACAUAAAGCCAGUUUCUUCUGGUUUCAAGAAAGGUGUUGUGUUCAAGUAUUGGCUUCAAUUUCAAACUCGAGUACACAAAGAUGUCACAGCAAGGGUUAAAGGCUAGCACACGAAUGCUCUUUUGCCGUUGGUGUCGGAGAAAAGUUUGUUAUUAGGCAAGAUAAUAGGGGUCCAACUCUGACUAAACUUGGACAUUUGCAACAUGAACUGGUGCCUGUACUUUGGCCACUGACCAACAAAGUGAAGUGUAAGGCCCUGUUUAUAGGUCGCGCAAUCGUCUGAAGAAUAAUCAAACUCACCGAAAAGUUCUAAAUCUAACCAAUUAGGCCAGGUGCGAUUGAGUUUGGUUCAGUUUCGUUCAAUUAGCUACCCCAGGAAAAGGAGAGUUGAACAUGGCAUUUACAAACUGCCUGUAAUUUAUAAAUAUUAUACGACUUCUUUUAUUUAUUUCUUUUAUAUUUCUUUUUUAAUAAUGACCACUGGCCAAUUUGCAAGAAUCAUCAAUUAUUUUUGUUGGAGGCAAGAUAUAGAUAGGAGGGGGGCAUUGGGGUAUAUUAGAAACCGCAAAACCGAAGAAAAAAAUCAUCCAAAACCGCAAAACCGCAAACCGCAUACAAAACCGUCGAAAACCGAUACAAUGGUGACAAGUGGGGCAUACAGAGCAAACUAAACUAACACUAAUUUCACCAAAGUAUUUGUGAAUGUCAUGGACUUUGUCUGAAGCCUUCGUAUCUUUUUGUGUCUGCUUAAAUCAUAGGCUUUGUUUCUGCCGCUCUCUCGAGCCCAGACUUUGCGGCUCAAUUUCCGAAAAGCCGCUAGUUAUAUGGAGCCUAGUUAACUUAGGAGAAUUUGCACACAAGUCCUCUUUAGAAUUGCAAUUUUGCAGUCGCAAAAAGCUAUAGCUCUGGAAACUUCAAUCGAAAAUCUUCAAUCGAACAUUUCCAUUUGAUAACUAACACCUGAAAGUUUGGAGACUCGAUUGUCUAACAUGCGAUUGCACUGAGCUGAGUCGACACUGAGGAAGCUAACCGGUACAAUUAGUUCCUUUUCAGUUUUACAUGGCAGCAGGAACUUGCUCUAAGGUUUAAUGUGGUAAUAAACAGAUACUCAAAACAGCAGUCGAUUAUUGAAACUCUCUGCCCUUCCAAAAACCAAAAACCACAUUGGGUACCAAAACUGAAAAACCGCUAGUAUUUUUCACAAAAACGAGAUGCUAAAAAACGAAAAAUCCGCUAACCGCAAUGACCACCAAAACCGAAAAACGAAAGUCUUUUGCAACAAAAACCGAAAAACCGAUCCAAAAAAUAGCCAAAACCGAAAAUCCCAAUGCCCCCCUCAGAUAGCCAUAAUAUGUGACAUAUUUACAACAAUUCGUGCAGCAUGUAGGAAAUGAUUCAAUCUUUGAUGUUAGUAAUUUCUUUUGUUUGGUUUUAAUAGACCUUCAGGUAUUUAAUCCUUGCAGUAAUUUUAUUUUUAAGGUAUGUGAUUGUUUAUAAAAAAGGAUAUCAAGAAUUUCAGGAACCAUACAGUUCUGUAACUACCAAAGUGAAAGGCUUAUCACUCACCAACUUAACAAGGAGUGGCCCAGAAUUUCCACUGUAUGGAGGUGUUCAUGUGUGGGACUCAUCAGAUUUUGUUGUCCUUCCUGAGGUACAAACUUUUAGAUCUAACCAUAACAACUGAAUUGCAAUGAAUGGAAGAUGAGUGCCUGGGAUGUUUGGGACCUCCCCUGUCAGGCCUUGUGAUAGGGUGCGAUGAAAAAUGGUUAAAUUUGUCCAAUUAUCUUGACCCGGAAAAGAAAACAAUUACAAAGAAAGAAAAAAGACGCUUGUUUAAUAUUACAUGAUGCCAUUACACCACUGACCACACUGCUUGUCUCUCAAAUCAAAUGGCUGCUUAGAUACCACGAUCAAAGGUUUCAGAUGUACUGUCUUACAAGGCUUUCAUUAGUGAUAAAUCACCUUAAAUAACAUCAAGAUUGAGAAAAUGUUUAUUAAAGUUAGAAUUCAUUGUUUACUUUACCGGUACUUUAAUUUAGCAUUUUUUUUACGAAUUAUGUGAUUUUCCUCAAAUUGUGCGAUUGUUUGUGUUUUGAAGUCAAUUGUGCGAAAUUGCACCAUUGUGUAAUAUCAGAUGGCCUGCCCUGUGACCAACUGACCCCAUGGCUGCCAAUCCACAGGUAAAAGCCGUUAUGCAUCAACACACUGAAAUGUGCUUUAAGGCUAUGCCAGAGAGUGCGACAGAGCAUGCGUCAAACUCUGCUGUUCCUGACCACCAUCAGCACAUCGGCUACUUUUUGUUGUGAACUCAGUUAAAUUGCAUUUUUAAUGGCGACCACAUUUACGUUCCAUGAGUAGCAACAAUGUAUAAGACAAUAUUGCUAAGUAAUCAAGAGAAAACGUUUUAUUGGUCUAAAAUGCCAAAAUCUUUAAGGGUAUAAAGCCUGAACCUGAACUGGAAUAAUUGUUAUUCAGAAGUGUGGUGUGCUCAGCCCAAUAAAUUUUAAAAGCACCACAUUGCGGUAAAUGAUAGAAACAAAAGUAGAUUAUCAUCUGUUUCAAUGGGGACAGUGUUUGCUGCAGGCUGACGAGAAUAUUAUUUCACUUAAACAUGGCAAUAUACCAAGAGCCAUGCAUAAUGGCCUCUUCAAUAUUCUGCAGCAACAAUUAAUCUGGCAAAGACAACAGUUGUGAGUACUCAGUUUGUACAUUAUGACUAAAUUUCAAAGUUAACGUUUAGGCUGAAGACAAAACAUGUGGGACGUCACAUUCAAUUGGCUUAAUAAAGAAGUAUGGAGAAUUUCAGUGAGAAUAUUUAAGCACGGUAAAUGAACAUGAAACAUAUCAUUAGCAUGAGGAAAAAAGAAAAAAUAUUUUUAUCCCUAAUAGGAUGAACCUAUCUGAAGACAUGGACAAGUGGAUCAAAAGAAAAGAAACCAAUGCAUAUAGGCGGUUUCAUUAUCUCAAUACUUCAGGAUAUAAAACGUUUUACUCUGCUCACACGUAGCUAAAAAUAAAAAACACGAUUCACUGACCUCUCACAUAAGACCUUUCUUUUGAAAAUUCAUUCCCUAUUUAGACCCGUUUAAGUUGAAAAUUUAGCUUUAUCUUGACAUGAUUUAUACUACCCUGCUUGCAGACUGAGUAGCCUCGAUCUUUCCUAGAUAAGUUUGGAUAAGUUCCGGCCCGUUUUAAUUUGUGAUGUACAUAAUUUUCGGGAAGAAAAUAAGGUUAAACUACAAAUGAAACUUUCCGAUUUUUUAUUGAUCUGUUUGCCUUCUGAAGCUCGAUUGUCAUAGGUGAAUUUUGUUCUGUUAUUUUUGCUUUUUUUAUGGCACCUUAAAUUACUUGGAUGCAUUUUUAGUUCAAGUAUAUGCAAUUAAGUGUUAAGAAAGCUAAUUUUAGGUGUACACGGCGUACAAGAAAUGUUCUUUCAACUUGCCAAAAAAAAAUUCGGUCGACUGGUUGAAUUUUAAAACCAAAGUUUAAAUAAUAUUCCAUUAAAAUAAAUUUUGCGUACUAUGUCCUUGGUCCGGCCAAACUAGCCAAAUAGUGAUUGAAAAGGGAAAGCCUGUUUGAAAAUUUCCCAGUAACACUGCACUUUAUUUAUUAAGCAGUGAUAUAGAGGGCCAUAAAAUGAAACUUAUAUUUCAUUUGGGAGCUGUAGCAUUUAGCAAAGUCAAAAAACUUGGCAAGCAAUGGGCCUAACAAGGAAAACAUUACUCUGCAAGUCCUGCACGUGCAUUAUGACGCGCGCUUUUCAGUCGCGGCAUGACUUAGACAACAUUUUCUGAUGGGAAGUGUUUCUUGAGGACGUAAACAAGCGACGAUCAAUAUUUUUUUCCCUCUAAACUUUGAUUGAAUUCAUUUAAAAUGGUGGCGAAUUGACCCUUUUCACGGUUUAGUUUCUUCGAGAGACCAAACGUUAGCUCUUUACACAGAAAUCUCAGUUUGGUUUCGAAUUUUAAGUGAGCAGCCUAUAAAAAAUAUACAGGGCCCAGUUGUUCGAAAGCUGAUUAGCGCUUAACCCGGGUUUCUUUUUCUGGCGUUCAAAAGCAUUUUGUCGCGUAAUUUUCUCUGUUAUUUUUAGAGCUUCCAAUCAUCAACUAGUAGACAAAAAGAAUUAAAACUCAAUGCUUUUUAAGCUUUCAAAUCUGAAUUCAAAUCUCGCACUAACCCUGGGUUAUCUUAACCCAGCUUUGAACAACUCGGCCCAGGAAUUUAGAUCAGAUGGUGCUUGGAAGGUUUCUUUUUACGCACUUUUGAUGUCGGCUGCCAAUUAAAGUGGCCAAAGUGGCCGGAACCACUGGCCGGACCAGGGGCUUUCAAACGGAGCGGUCAUUUUCUAUGAUGCACGAUUUUCUGCAAAGCUCAGAAGCUCUCCGUUUGUCACAAGUUAGCAAAAUGUUAUGCAAAUUUCAGGACAAAUUUCAGCUCACUGCUCUUCUUCUGAGAUAAGAAGUACUCAUUUAUGUCUUUUUCGUCCGGACCGUGAUCGCAACGACAAAUCCGGCCGAAAACCAUCUGCGAUCGAUGACAGCGAUCGCGGCGCGAUCGCUCCAAUCGCGCCGCGAACUUCGGCCAAAAACGCUAGUGAUCACUGCCAUCUCGCCACGAAAUUCGGCCAAAAACGCUAAGGGAUUAAUGACCGCGAUCGCGGCACGAUCGCUCUCAGCACGCCGCGAAAUCCGGCCAAAAACGCUAAGCGAUUGAUGACAGCGAUCACACAGCAAUCGCUCAGCGAUCAUUCUCAUCACGCUGCGAAAUCAGGCCAAAAAUGCUAAGCGAUCGACAACAGCGAUCACUCUCAUCGCACCGCGAAAUCCAGCCAAAAACGCUAAGCGAUUGAUGACAGCGAUUGCGCCGCGAUCGCUCCCAAUAACGCAGCGAUCGCGCCGCGAAAUCUGGCCAAAAAUGCUACGCGAUUUUAACAGCGAUCACGCCACGAUCGCGGCGCGAUCGCUAAAAAAUUUUUACAAGAGUAGGAGUUAUUUUUUUUUUGUAUACAAAAUAUUGUUUAUAAAAAAUGAAAGAUGGUGGUGUGGGGAAUUCCUUAAGGGCAGGGGUGGGAGCCGGGGGGGGUACUGCCAUGUAUGGGCUAUAUAGGUAUGUGCUGCUGUGAAGGGUAUGGUUUUCAAGCAGUUUACUCUAGGAUAGGGUAUAUAAAUCAGAGCAUUUGGGUCUAGAAUAGGGUAUCAUUUUUCAGGAAACUGAUCAGUUGGUUGAAGAUUUUAUCUAGACUAGGGAUUGUGGUAUAAGGUUUUGUUUUGGCUAGACUGUGCUAGUGACCUUAGUAGUUUCUGGAAAACAGCUACUCUAGGAUAGGGGGGACUUGGCCGGGGGAGUUUACUCUAGUAUAGGGUGGCAAAAUUCAGCUUAACCAGCUCUGGUAUAGGUUAAGGGUUCCAGGGUCCCAGUGGCACAUCCCCACCCAGAAAUUCCUAAAGUACCCCCCUCACACCCAGGGGUGGGAGAUAACAGUUUUAGUCCUGAUAUGUAUAUAUUACUUGCCUGAGUUUAUUGAUACUUUACCUGUUAAGUUUUUGCUGCUAAUUUGUGCCAACAGGAGAAUAAUGCAGUAUUUGUAAUGACAAAUAUGAUCAUCACACCAAAUCAAACACAGAACACUUGUCCAGAGAGCUCAAAGUUGCCAGGGGUACAGUGUACAAGUGACAGUGAUUGUAAACCACUAGAACCUGUGAUAAAUGGCCAUGGUAUGCACUUAUAAUAAUACAAUAUAUUGAUAAAAUAUUUAACAAUUAUUCUUCGAGCCGGAAUGGGCUCUGAGUCAAUAGCCAGAGAUCUACAGGCCGAAGGCCAAAUGGGCUAUUGACUCGGAGGCCAUGAGGGCGACAGGAAUAAUAUUAUUGUUUUAGUAAAAUCCAACUACAAUCAGGGACAAAAGUAGUUGACACACUUGCUUAAAACGGGUGCUUUUAACAAACAUGUAAUUCAUUUAUUAUUUCAUUCCUUUUAAACACCGUAAAUCCCCCGACCCCCCGAAUCAAUGUUGUCUGAAGUAAAAAAAAGACUUCAGGGUCCAAAAUUCAACAUUGAUUUUGGGGAUAAGGGGUUGGGGUAGACAGGGGAAGGGGAUAAGUAUAUCCACCAUGCAAAAAGGGGCCAUUUUACGGAAGUGUGUCAACACUUUUGUCCCUCAUUGUCUGAAUGCAAAAUUGUGCUACUGCACACAAGUUGAGCCGUGUAUAACACUGGUUUUAACUGAAAUGAAAGGGAUCAAUGACAUAAUUAUGUUAUUGGUGCUGGGGGUGACAUUGACUUAUUCACGACCGAAUUAUAGGGCCAAUUCGAAUUACGCGAUGACGUAAUAAAAGGGCUGCGAUAUCCAGAAUUAACGUCGAUAUGGUUUACAUGCUAAAAACUGACGCUGAAACUCGCGCCUAUGUACAACUUCUGAUGAAUUUCAAGGGGUUGCGUACUGAAAAUAUUUUUAAUAAAGUGGAUAUUUCUCGUUCUUCACUUUAUCCUAUUGUUAAGGCCCAAACAAUCACGGAUAGGGUAAGGAUUGACACGUAGUGGGGAUAGUCACUGGCCGGCCACGGAAAUAUGGAGCGUUAGUGAGGAGCGGCCGUCACUGCGUUCAAUAUCGAAACUACGGAAAAGUGAAGGUAAAUUCAUGGCCAAUUCAAUAAAAAACUAAGGACAGCGUAGCAAACAUUGCAAGUGUACACGAAAACAAUUACUUUCAAUCCCACCUCGUGACACCCUGUGUGACAUGAUAACGCAACGCAAAUAGCGUGACAUAAGCGCAUAUGUCUGUGUAUUUCGACUGCAUUUCUCAAGCGAAACCCUGUAUUUUGUAUAUUGUCGGCAGAGAAAAUGAAAAGAGAGCUUUGAAACGUGAACUGGUAUUUGACUCUCAAAGAAAACGACAGCUCAAACUGAGGAAAACACUGCUUCCUUCGUGUUACAACGGUUAACCACGUUUCGGCAAACGGAAAGUAACAUUAGUCUGUUAUGACCUCUUAAUGUCGAUAUGUAUUCUCGUGGUUAACCGUUGAAACUCCAAAUUUGCACCACAUCGCUGGAAUUUUUCUCACCAAGAAUACGUAUUGCGAAGCACUUUCUACAUAGCGGAAUCUUCUUUUGCCUUUUGUGAGGAAUUAGCGCAGAAAAAAGGAAAAUUUUCCAGCGCACGGCCGUCAUCGAUCACGUGUUAUCCCGCUUUGCUUGUCAUCAGGUGAACUUCUGGGCCAAAGUAAUUGCUGUUUUGGCGAUGAUACAAACUGGUGUGUCUAUUUUGAAAACAAUUUCUUUGGCAUUAUGUGAUUUACGAGCUGGGAAAUGAAAUAGUUGUCCGUCCAACAUCAAUAAACAAUCAUGCCACUGAAUAAAUGGCAGGCGGUCAUGUAAAAUCAUUACAAAAGUAGAUUCCUAACCCCGACGCCUACCUACACUAAAGGUUUGGAUCAGUUAGGUUAGAAAAGGUCUCAAAAAAAUUAAAAACACAUCUAUAUAUAGGGCAUAGCACAAACGGCUGGCCCAUCAUUUAUGAGGUUCAUAACCUGUAUAUUGUUCAAGUGUUUUCACUAAUGGCACAAGUCAAUGUCAAAAAUAUCGCAUGUCCCCUCUGUUGUUCUGCAGUACUUCAUUCGCUUGUUAACCAUUUACCAGAACAAUUUUCAUUGUACCUUAAUGUUUCCAUCCUUUUUCCACUAUUGAUAAUACUUGUGAAAACAUUACAUCUGCAGCAACGGCAUUGAUCACAACACAAAUCAUUUCGUCUCGACCCGACAGGGUAUCAGGGACGCGCGCGAGAGUACAAGAUUAAGUAAUGACAUACGCUUCGUACAUUUUACUCUACGUAUACUACAAAUCAGGACGAAACUCUAUAAAUUGAUGUUUAAAAACAAACAAUUUGGCCCAUAGAGUAACGUCAUCGCACAAAAAUUAAGCAGCGUCAAAAUUCUAGCCGGAAAACACAGAUACAUAUUUCAGACAAUCAGGGACAAAAGUAGUUGACACACUUGCUUAAAACGGGUGCUUUUAACAAACAUAAUUAUUUAUUAUUUCAUUCCUUUAAACACCGUAAAUCCUCCGACCCCUGAAUCAAUGUUGUCUGAAGUAAAAAAAAGACUUGAGGGUCCAAAAUUCAACAUUGAUUUUGGGGAUAAAGGGUUAGUAGACAGGGAGGGGAUAAGCAUAUCCACCAUGCAAAAAGGCCAUUUUACGGAAGUGUGUCAACACUUUGUCCCUCAUUGUCUGAAUGCAAAAUUGUGCUACUGCACAAGUUGAGCCGUGUAUAACACUGGUUUUAACUGAAAUGAAAGGGAUCAAUGACAUAAUUAUGUUAUUGGUGCUGGGGGGUGACAUUGACUUAUUCACGACCGAAUUAUAGGGCCAAUUCGAAUUACGCGAUGACGUAAUAAAAGGGCUGCGAUAUCCAGAAUUAACGUCGAUAUGGUUUACAUGCUAAAACUGACGCUGAAACUCGCGCCUAUGUACAACUUCUGAUGAAUUUCAAGGGGUUGCGUACUGAAAAUAUUUUAAUAAAGUGGAUAUUUCUCGUUCUUCACUUUAUCCUAUUAUUAAGGGCCAAACAAUCACGGAUAGGGUAAGGAUUGACACGUAGUGGGGAUAGUCACUGGCCGGCCACGGAAAUAUGGAGCGUUAGUGAGGAGCGGCCGUCACUGCGUUCAAUAUCGAAACUACGGAAAAGUGAAGGUAAAUUCAUGGCCAAUUUCAAUAAAAAACUAAGGACAGCGUAGCAAACAUUGCAAGUGUACACGAAAACAAUUACUUUCAAUCCCACCUCGUGACACCCUGUGUGACAUGAUAACGCAACGCAAAUAGCGUGACAUAAGCGCAUAUGUCUGUGUAUUUCGACUGCAUUUCUCAAGCGAAACCCUGUAUUUUGUAUAUUGUCGGCAGAAAAUGAAAAGAGAGCUUUGAAACGUGAACUGGUAUUUGACUCUCAAAACGACAGCUCAAACUGAGGAAAACACUGCUUCCUUCGUGUUACAACGGUUAACCACGUUUCGGCAAACGGAAAGUAACAGUAGUCUGUUAUGACCUCUUAAUGUCGAUAUGUAUUCUCGUGGUUAACCGUUGAAACUCCAAAUUUGCACCACAUCGCUGGAAUUUUUCUCACCAAGAAUACGUAUUGCGAAGCACUUUCUACAUAGCGGAAUCUUCUUUUGCCUUUUGUGAGGAAUUGGCGCAGGAAAAAGGAAAAUUUUCCAGCGCACGGCCGUCAUCGAUCACGUGUUAUCCCGCUUUGCUUGUCAUCAGGUGAACUUCUGGGCCAAAGUAAUUGCUGUUUUAGCGAUGAUACAAACUGGUGUGUCUAUUUUGAAAACAAUUUCUUUGGCAUUAUGUGAUUUACGAGCUGGGAAAUGAAAUAGUUGUCCGUCCAACAUCAAUAAACAAUCAUGCCACUGAAUAAAUGGCAGGCGGUCAUGUAAAAUCAUUACAAAAGUAGAUUCCUAACCUCGACGCCUACCUACACUAAAGGUUUGGAUCAGUUAGGUUAGAAAAGGUCUCAAAAAAAUUACAAACACAUCUAUAUAUAGGGCAUAGCACAAACGGCUGGCCCAUCAUUUAUGAGGUUCAUAACCUGUAUAUUGUUCACGUGUUUUCACUAAUGGCACAAGUCAAUGUCAAAAAUAUCGCAUGUCCCCUCUGUUACUCUGCAGUACUUCAUUCGCUUAAGUUAACCAUUUACCAGAACAAUUUUCAUUGUACCUUAAUGUUUCCAUCCUUUUUCCACUAUUGAUAAUACUUGUGAAAACAUUACAUCUGCAGCAACGGCAUUGAUCACAACACAAAUCAUUUCGUCUCGACCCGACAGGGUAUCAGGGACGCGCGCGGGAGUACAAGAUUAAGUAAUGACAUACGCUUCGUACAUUUUACUCUACGUAUACUACAAAUCAGGACGAAACUCUAUAAAUUGAUGUUUAAAAACAAACAAUUUGGCCCAUAGAGUAACGUCAUCGCACAAAAAUUCAGCAGCGUCAAAAAUCUAGCCGGAAAACACAGAUACAUAUUUCAGACAAUCAGGGACAAAAGUAGUUGACACACUUGCUUAAAACGGGUGCUUUUAACAAACAUGUAAUUCAUUUAUUAUUUCAUUCCUUUUAAACACCGUAAAUCCUCCGACCCCCCGAAUCAAUGUUGUCUGAAGUAAAAAAAAGACUUGAGGGUCCAAAAUUCAACAUUGAUUUUGGGGAUAAGGGGUUGGGGUAGACAGGGGAAGGGGAUAAGUAUAUCCACCAUGCAAAAAGGGGCCAUUUUACGGAAGUGUGUCAACACUUUUGUCCCUCAUUGUAGUUGGUCAAAAAUAUCAAGACAAAACAACUUUAGCCAGUUACUGCUAGACUUAAGCCUUUUUUGCCGCCAAAAAGCCGGCGCUUUGCGCUACUAGUGGGCUAUAACAUAUAGCCUAGUAGUAGCUCAACCAAUCAGAACGCAGCAUUGAUAAUAGAAAACUAGUUGGAUUUUACUAAUAGCAUAUAUCUUUAAUUUUAGCAUUUUGUGAUCCAAAUGUCUAAAUUGAGCCAAGAGUUGGUUACAUGUGGUAAAUGAAAUGUGUUGUGAACUUAUUAGUCACUAAAAUUAAUACACACUGGUUACCAGUGAAUUGAUAUAAUUUAUUGUUAGUGAUUAAUGGCUCCUUUUGGGAAAUUAGUCUAUGAUGGCUCUCGGUUCUUCUGUAUUUUUGGUGGACAUAUUAGUUGUUCAACUGGGGAAAAAAACCCAACUAACCUUUUCAUAAAGCGCUUGAUUCUUAAAAUGCAUAAUUUGACUUGAGUCUAUUGCAUGGGACCCUUUUUUUUCAAUAUUUAUCACCUUAUGUUUUUUUAUGCGUUUUGUUCUGUGAUGGAGUAGUGUCAAAGAUAUGUACGGUAUGUAGCCUUUAAUACAGUGUACGACACCUGAUUUUGUUGCUAAGGCAGGCCAGCACACAUCAUUAUUUUUAGAGUUUUACUUAUUAAGAGCUGGUAAACACUGUGCCAACAUAACAUGUAUGACUGUAGUACUAUGUAUGGUCAAAAUUUUUUCUUCUUCUCUUUACUUAUUCAAGCUCAAACAAGAUGUUAUUCCAACUAUAUAAAGAACUCUGACUCUUUUUAAACUCUUAAAAUAAAAGCUUUUAAAUUCUUGUUAACAAUUACAAGGUUUCAAGACAGGAAAAUGUGUAAAGAAUGAAAAAGGAGAGAAAGUUUGUGAGAUUUAUUCCUGGUGCCCAGUGGAGAUUGAAGAACUUCCAAUGCCAGGCUUUAAUUUAAGGUAAGUCUUGCAUUUUUUUAAAUAAAUAAUUAUGUAAAAUAUAUAUGUUAAUGUAGCUUUUUUACCAUCUUUUCAGUUUCGUGCAUAUCUUACCACUACAUCAUUAUGGAUUAUCCUGUCAUUAAAUGCUGUAGCAGUAUAUAUAUUUUUAGUAAUUGGCAUGGAUUUCAACCAGUUUCGAGUUUAUUUCAAAAUUUUACAGGCUAAUUUACAAACUGCUCUACCCACAAAUAGCAGGACUAACCAAGGCAGGAAGAGAAAAUCAGAUAGUUUAAAUACCUUGAAAAUCUAAAUACAUUAUAAAUACAUAUAAAUAUUAAUAUCAUCAACAAUUUUAAACCAGCAUACCGGCCAUUUGAGUUGGGAGUACUAAGGUUCUGGUUCCCUAUGGACCAACACUUGCUGGAAAAAUCAGUUGGAGAGUUUACUAAAAUAGUAUGCUUGAAAUUUCAUCCUGUAUCUAUGAGAAAAUCAUAAACCUAAUGCUAAAUGUUUUUGAUUUUAUUUAUUUUGAUUUUAUUAUUUUGCCACACCGAAUAAAUUACAAGUAGAAUAGAAAAGAUAAUAAAUAGUUAAUUAAUAUUAAAUUUAAAAUGAGCAUACAACUCGGAAGGAGUGACUGUGGCGGGGAAAUCUCCGAGAAGCAGAGCUUAUGAGGAAUAGAGAUUUUCCCGCACAGGCAAUUUACAUACUAGGCAGCAUUUAGAAAUAAUGAAAAAAGAUGUGUAUUUUAAGUAUGUAAGUGUGCUUAGAGAAAAAUAUAGAUAUAAGGUGUUAAGGUGUUUAGGUUGUAUCUUGUCUGACCCUUAAAAAUGGUUUGAUCAAACGCUUGAAUAUAUUAUUAUUAUUAUUAUGAUAUUAUAUUAUUCGGUAAUGAAUUCCAUAUUCUAGCUAGGACCUUGAAACAGGAUCAAACAUUUUUUGAUACUAACCCCUUGUUCUACAGGUUUGACGUCGGUAAAAGUCAGAGUAUCUUGUUGAAUAUUGAUGAAUCUGAUUUCCAGUUUGAAAGAUUUGAGUAAAAACAAUUUAUUAUAAGGUAAAGUGUCAUUAUGAUAUAGGUACAUGAAAGAACUUGGAGCGAGUAGCAGGUACUAAAAACAUCAAGAAUUUUCAAAUUUGCAAAAAGAGGUUUACUUGAUCACCAGUGUGAGAUGUUGUUCUUUCCUAUUUGCACUAGUUAUAAUGUUCCUCUUCUUGAAGCUGCCAAGACUUUCACCCUACUCAUUAAAAACCAUGUGCAGUUUCCCAAGUUUGGUGAAUCAACGUAAGUAAUAAUAUUACAGUUUAGUAAUAAAGAUUUUUUAAUUGUUUGUCGUAUUAAACAUUAAAAAUUGCAAUCUGGGAAAAUGCAAACACAAAUAUAAAUAUUUGUCACUUUUACUAUGUAAACAUUCAAUUAAAAUGUCACAAAUUUGCAUAAAUUCAAAACACUAGCUGGUAUUUUUAAAAUUUUGUCUUUAAUGUGGUAAAUUCCUUAUGACAUUUGCGUGCUUUAUCUUGGCCAGAAAUUACAAUAGUCCCAGAACCAUAUCUGUAGAAGUUUUAACUUUGCCUGUCGUUGCCAAACCAACAUACUACAGUGCACAUGCAAUUUAGAUGUCGCUACACUACGUGACUGCCUUGCUUGAAUUUCAGAUAACUGAGGGAGUAAGCGACUUUAAGUGUCUGAAAUUCAGGCUAUGUGACUGCCUUGAAGAACAAUUUUGUUUUGCAAGCACAUGGUUUUUGUUGGACAUUCCCAAAAUUUCAUUACAUACAUUUUCCACAGAUAAUGCAUGGCAAACAUAUUAGCAAUAGUGAGGGGGACGUAGGAGGGGUACGAUCAAAACCGCAAAACCGCAUAGAAUUACGUAUAAGCACCACACAGAAUAACGUAAGAAAACCGCAAACUGCAUUGAAAUUACCCGAAAAUUUCUAAGUACUGCAAACUGCUUUGUUUUGUAAAACCACAAUACGGCAACUUAAAAUAAUAAUUUCCACAAAACCUCACCGCAAACCCUUGACCCCUCUCAAUUACAAUAGAAAACAAACGUGUUGAAACAACAAGGUACAGUAACACUGAGUGAAACAAGCUAUUAAAUAAUUUAAAUUUUCUCUUUGGAAAAUAAAUAUUGUCCUUGUAGCACACGGCAUUAAACGUUUAUGCUUUGAACCAUAGGUACCGGUCAUUGCCCCUUUUUUGUACAGACUAUUCAUUGCCAGUAAGCUCAUGUCCUCCAAACAGACAAUUUUUUUUUUUUUGCCAAGCGUCAUUUUUGUAACAAUCAUAUUAAAAAUUAUAAUUCUGAAAGGAGAUUUUGAAAAAAAGAUAUAUUUAUUUAAAAUUCCCUGUUAUAAACCGUAUAUAAAUAUUUUAUCGGAGAUUCUUCCAACAUGAAAAUUGUGACAGUGAUUGUAUUGGCAGCCUUGAUUUCAGCUUUAUUAGGAAAAUGUAAUAGCCCGAUACAUACAUGCUGUAAAUAUAGGGCAGUUAAUACACUUGAAUUUUUUUUUAUGAACAGCAAAUAAACUUUGAGAAAAUCAUCUCAUUGUUAUUACAUUGAUAACAGAAAUUUGUGCUGUCAAACAAAUUGCAUCCCCUGUUAUAUGAAGCAUGCAUCCCUGAAUCACAAGAAUCAGCUUAAACAUUAUGGCAAGCAAGUUUACCUCUUAGAGGUUUCAAUAGCAGUUGCAGGUGAUAAGCUUUGGUUUUUGCCUUUAAAAGUAUAUUAUUUUUGUUUUUCCAAACAGGAGAAACAUCCAGUCCAAUAACAAAACAUACUUGACUAUCUGUAAUUAUGAUCCUGAAACAGACCCUCUGUGUCCAGUAUUCCAGCUUGGAAAGAUUGUUGAGCUAGCAGGUGUCAAUUUUGAUGAAAUAGCUUAUAAGGUAAGUUCAGGCUUGAAUUAAAGAAAAAAGCAGAAUUUGACUUUUUUCAUGAAUGUCAGUUUCAGAUCAUGCUAAUUCAGUAUCAAUGACCUGACCAGUGGCCACGGCAAAGAAACUCUUAUACAAUCUAGCCAAUCAGUGUGUGUGAAGUUACUGCCAACUUUUUAAUUGAUGGACAUUCUACCUUUUACAUAAAAAAACAACUGGAAACUUGCAUGGUAUAGAGAAACGCUUUUUUUGUAUAAUUUAAAGUGAACAUCACACAUGAAAUAUUUAUUUCAGUUUAUAAUAAUUAUAAUUGAUUAAUUUACUUUAAUUUUCAAUAAUCUUUUUUUCUGUUGUCAUUUUCAUGUCAUUUUAGGGUGGAGUCAUGGCCAUUGUCAUAACGUGGAAUUGUAACUUUGACUCUCUUGCAUAUUCUUGUGAACCCAAGUACUCGUUUAGAAGGUGAUUACAGAUCUCCUAGUUACAAUAAUUGUAGACGGGCUGUGAUAUUAGGAUGCAGUCUGAACAAUAUUCUGACUGCUGAGACUUAGCUAUCCCAAAAUUUCUUUUCCAAUCACACCCCAAAUCUAUCAAGUGAUUUUUUAAAAUAAUGUAAAUUUAUAAAAUGUAGUUUGUUUCAUAAAAUGAUGUACAUAUGUAAUGUAGUUUGUUGGGAACAAUGAUGUCUCCUGACCAUUAAUAAAUGUAUCAAGAAUGCCAUUCUUCUAAAAUAAAAAUUCUCCCCCACUAAGUAGCUGGUAGGAGUAAGCAAGGAGAUGUAUAAUGAACAUAAUGCAGUCAUUUAACUGAUAAAAUUCAUUGUGUUGCUGUGAAUGGAUGUCUCCUUGUGUUGAUUAACACAACUCAUGGCCAGUCAUGAGCAUGGGACAAUGAAAAAAUCUAAGUCCCUGACAGGAUUCGAACCAUUAUGGCCUCCCAGACACCAGGCAGGCGCUCUAUCGGAAAACUCAUGGAGAGUGAGGCCAUAUACUUAAGGUUCAUAUUUGACACGCGUCCUGCAUACUGCUAGGAUCAGCAAUGUUGAGAUCGUACUGUUUGGUGAAAGAAUGAAAGAUAGUUAAAUUUACCAUCUUUCAUUUUUUCACCAAUCAUUAUAUGGUUUUUUAGUAAAUAAUCAUGUUUUCUCCUCAGAUUGGAUGACUCCAAAGCACUGACUGCCGAAGGUUAUAAUUUCAGGUAACAUCAGUUCCAUAUCAUAUCAUUAUCAUCAUACUGAUCCCGCUGACAAUUUUUUUUAUAUUCUGACCUCGGAAGAUAACCUGUUCCAGACUCCAAGAUACCUAUAGUAAUGAGCAGAGGUCAUGAAAUCAGUAACCUGAGAUCAGGCAUUAUUUUGUGUUUUUGCUUCUUUGCUUCUCUGCUUCUUUGGCUCGAGAGCUGGCCAGCUCGAGAGGGAAAAAAAAUAAUGCCUGAUACAUUUAUUUAACAAGCCGUCAACCGCCCCCUAAUUUACAGAAUCUAACGUCUGCCUUGACUAGUCUUGUCAUGUCAUUAGCCAAUCAAUUAUAACGUCUCUUUUGAAAUCAAUUUUAGGGGAAAGAAAAUUUUUAAGUACGUCCAUGUUCAGAUGGAACUUCCUAAAAAAAUUUUAAAUGUUUUUUUUUUUUGUUUUUGUGAUGAAAUGGAGCUUCCGUACCUUUAUUUAAUGCAUCAGUCAAUUCCACCUACGCCCAGCCCCCCCCCCCCCCGGGCAACUGCGGGGCAUUUGCCUGCCUUGUCAGUCCCAGGGGUGGGGCAUUUGCAAAUGUUGCACUGCCCGGGGGCCGGGCAUUUGCCAACCCCCGGGCCACUCCCGAGCUUUUGACAGGCACGCGGUUUCCUAUCAGAAUAUAACUACAAAGAAGGUUUUACUGGAAGAAAAGCAGAUUGGCUCAUCUGUCAAGGACAGGAAUAAAUUGUAGAGGGUUGUAAUGGCAUGUUCUCGAUUUUACAUGUAUGUAUGCAUUUCUUCAUUGCUUAUCAAGCCAGAAUUACGUAGCGAAAUUGGAGCUAUCGAUGUGAAUCAACGUUUUUUGGUUAUUGAAUCAAAUUUCUGUUGAUAUUAUUUUGAAGAACAUCCUUUCAUAUUAAUAAAACUAUUCCUAACAUAUAACUUUACAGCGCUCUAUUAAUUUUAAUGUCAAUAAUUUUAUACCAAUACUAAAACCAUAAACUGGUGCAUGUCGUCGCGUCGUGAAGUCUUAAUUAGAAUCCUCGCGCUAUUACAAAGGAAGACGUUAAUAAACCAAAACAUCGCACAUUAAAUGGUCAAUGAAAAACAUUAAAUGAUCAAUGAAAAAUGUUGCAGUGUUGACAGAGGACGGGGCAUUUGCCCUUUUUUUCGUCCCCACCCCGGGGGAUUUGACAGCUCAAGAGUCCCCACCCCCGGGAAUUUGCCAUCCAAGGCAAAAAAAAUGCUAAUGCCCGGGGGUCAGCCCGGGGGCUGGGCGCAGGUGGAAUUGACUGAUGCAUAACCGCUACAAAUAACAAAGAAUUUACUGGUAACAGCUCGUUGACUUCGUUUUGUGCUGAAAGCAGUGAAAAAAAAUUAGGCUGAAGCACCAUAUUUCACAAACCAGAAAGUGUCGUGAAAGCGAAGAUCGCUCAGAAUAAUUCGCAGGUUUCUGAAGGAGGAAUUACCGUCAAACCAGCAUGAAUUGAUUAUUUGAAAAAUGACCCCGUUUGUCGCCUCUGUAACUCGUAGCUUGCCUGCAAACUCGUAGCCGGUAUCAAAUUGCAUUCAAAUGAUCAGUGAAUUUUUGACUGCAACUUUUAAGUAUACGAUGAAAUGGAAAAUAUUUCAAUGGAUGAAAUUUCUAUUUAGAAAUUCUUCAAAUGCAACGUAAAUUCAAGAAAACUGAGCUGGCAGAAAUUUGAUAACGAACCCGCCUGUGUAUUCACUGCUCAUUAAUACGCAAGCAAAAAUGCAGACUGAAAUCAACAACUAACAGAUGGCGGCAUUUUGGCCAAUCGGAACAGCGCAAAUCAUCCGUGUUGUUUCCUAUCCAGUCAGAAAAAAGUCCAGAUUCUGGCUUUUUUGCAUGUGAUCUGUAAAAGAAAUGUAUCAUGCCCUUCUCCCGAAAACAGAUUACAGAGAUAAAGGGAGAGGGCAUGAUCGCAGGCUAUGAAAUCUGAUGCAUAAAACACGCACCCCCUUUCCCAGAUCAUACACUUCUUAUUCUCUCAUGGCUUGUUCAGUUUGGGACAUUCCUACUAUCCUAAAGCGUGGCACAGGCUAAACAUAAGUGUUUUUAAGUUUCUUUAUUUUAUUUUAUUUUUUCAAUAUUUUUGCAGAUAUGCUAAUUACUAUGUACAAGACAAUGUUCUUUACAGGACACUGUUCAAAGCUUAUGGUAUUCGAUUUAUGAUCCUGGUAUAUGGACAGGUAAAAAUAAUUGUUGCAUUUUCAGUUCACCAUGAAGUCAUAUGUACCCUUUAAAAUCUUUUACAGAAAAUGUCCUAACCUCAUGGCUACAGACUAUUUUUUGUCAAAGCCCUUGAUCAUCGUUUUUAUAUGGCCUUUCAUUUUAAUUAAGUAUUUCCCUCAACACUUUGCUUGAGAAACACUUUUCCUUUUCCCUCUUCUUUUGCAAUAAUAUUACCAUGGAUGAAUUCAUUAUUGAAGAUUGUAUCUGGAACAAAUAAUAUCAAUAAAGAGCACUUGAUAUGUUUACAAAUUUUACAAGCAAACACAUAGCAAUUUGGAAUCUAAACGUUUCCCUAAUCCUAUCACCUUGGCUUUUUUUCUUUCACCUCAUUUAAAUGAUAGAGAUUUGCAGAGUUCAGUUCAGUUAUUACUAAAAGGAAGGGCAUGUGCCUGAUAAUAUCUAUGCAUGCUUGCAAAGGUGUUCCAAGUGUUAGAUAACAGUUCGUUUUUGACAGAUCUAAAAACAUUUGAGUGGCAAAAUAAAGAGCUAUAAAAUUGAUAAAAAUAAGGGAAAAAAUGUUUGAUUUUCUGUAUUCCUAGGGAGGAAAAUUUAGCGUCAUCCCAUUGUUUCUCAACCUGGGAUCUGGUCUUGCCCUUCUUGGUAUCGUAAGUAUUCAAAUUGACAUUGACAUUUUUCUUUUUUGUUGUAUUUACAGUACAAUAUGUUCUUGUGCCCUUCACCUGCGAUAAGAGGUUUUUUUCAGGGGAGCAUGAAAUUUACAAUAUCUCAUUUCUUUUGCAGGCCACAGUUCUUUGUGACAUUGUGGUUCUCUAUGUACUUAAGAAGAAGUAUUUGUACAGGGAGAAAAAGUUUCUGUUGGUUGAUGAUACUGAAAGUGAACCUGAUGAUAUCCAUGUAUGUUGA